UCAGUAUUUUGUGUGAUGAGAUUGGUAAGCUAAUCCUUUUAUGGUCAAACUUUUCAUAAGACAGGGCCCCAGCUUCUUGCAGCACAGUUGAUUUUCAUGUUAAAUUAACAAUAGUGAUAACAAAAAAUAAUGAAAAUGAUAAACUAAGUGCUUCUGACUUCUAAAAGAUCAAACUUGGAAGAACAUGAAACUCCUAAUAUAAGACUAUCAAAGCUUCUGUAUUUCCCUACCAAUUCAUUACUUUUCCCUUUCUCAUCAUCAUCAGAAUGGAUGUGAGACUAUAUGAAGCUGCUCUAACAGGAAAUGUUUUACAAUUACAUCAAUUGAUCCGUGAAGAUCAGCUCAUACUAAACACUGUUUCAUUAACAUCUUCUGGAGAGAACCCUCUACAUGUUGCUUCCAUGGCAAGACACCUUAAUUUUGUUACUGAAAUGAUAAGGUUAAAGCCGGAAUUUGCGAAAGAACUGAACCAAGAUGGGCUCAGUUCGCUUCACAUAGCCUCUGCUUAUGGGGACAUAGAUAUGGUGAUGGAGCUGUUGAAGAUGGGUCACCAUAUGUGCUGUCUCAAAGGGAGAGAGAGAAUGAUUCCUCUUCAUUAUGCUGCCAUGAAAGGGAGAUUGGAUGUUAUAAGAGAGUUGGUCUUAGCUUAUCCUGAAUCUGCAGGAGAGGGGACGGUUCAAGGUGAGACUGCCCUUCACCUUGCCCUGAAGAACAACCAGUUGGAGGCUUUUGGGGUCUUGGUCGAGAUGCUGAAGGAGCUCAAGAAGGACAGUUACUUGAACAAGAAGGAUGAACAAGGCAACACUGUCUUGCAUCUUGCAGCUUCCAGAAAGCAGCGUGAGCAGGUGGUAGAGCUGUUGCUCACUGGAGACAGUAUCACUCCUGGUGUGAUAGAAGUAAACUCCAAGAACUGCUGUGGUCUCACUCCCCUUGAUGUCUUGCUAAUGUUCCCAAGCGAAGCUGGUGACAGAGAAAUCGCAGAAAUACUCCAACAAGCAGGUGCUCUGAGAGCUCAAGAUCUUGUCUCUAACUCUCCCUUAUCAAUCAAUUAUCAAGCUAUAGGAACUAAUCCAAGAACAUCACAUUCCUCCCCUUGGAAUGUAGACCACUUGGUAGAGUAUUUCAAAUUCAAGAGUGGCCGUGAUUCACCAAGCGAAGCUCGUAAUUCACUGUUAGUGAUAGCUGUACUAUUAGCAACGGCGACUUACCAGGCGGGGCUGAGCCCUCCAGGAGGUAAUUGGCAAGAUGAUGCACCACCCUAUCACACAGCAGGGCAAUCCAUUUAUGGAACAAAAAUUAAGGGAACAUUUGGGGUAUUCGUGUUCUUCAAUUCUACUGGAUUCUAUUUAUCACUAUACAUGAUCAAUAUCUUGACAAGCAGAUUCCCUCUGCAUUUAGAGUUGCAGGUCUCUAUGGUGGCAAUAGCCAUUACUUAUUCUAUUGCAAUUACUAUAGUUACACCUAAUGGUGGCCUUAGGCUCAUGCUCAUUAUACUAACAUCAGUCUCAUCUACAGCUAUAAGUUUAUUAGUCAAGUGGGUGAGACUUCUGUAUGGAAGUGUAAGAACCAGAAGAGAAAUGCCCUUAACUACAGACUGCAAUGGUUGAGUAAUGGUCUAGUUUAGUUUCUAUAUAUUCAGAAAUGGAUAUGGAUAAAGAUACUGUUCUUCAGAUUGUAUGGUUUCAAGUCAUAUCUGUAUUAUUUAAAAGAAGACAUUGUUCCAGUUAUUAUAGCUUCUUCUGGUUCUGAUUAAUGUACACUCUCUGCUGAUGGCCAUGCUUCAA